AUGAAAAACAAGACCUGGCCUGGAUUCAUCCUGCUGGGACUAACAGACAUCCCAGAGAUUCAGGCUGUCAUCUUCAUAUUUCUCUUCCUCGCCUACAUAUUCAGCAUCAUCGGAAACCUGAUCAUUAUCGUCCUCACACUAGCAGACUCUCACCUCCAGACGCCCAUGUAUUUCUUCCUCAGGAAUUUCUCCUUCCUGGAAAUCUCCUUUACAACCACUUUCACUCCCAGGCUGCUCUUCAGCAUCUCAACUGGAGAUAAGACCAUCAGCUCUGCCGGCUGCUUCACUCAGUAUUUCUUUGCUAUUUUCAUUGGGGCCACUGAGUAUUACCUCCUGGCUGCCAUGUCCUAUGACCGCUACGUGGCCAUCUGCAAACCCUUGCACUACACGACCAUCAUGAACCCCAGGCUCUGUACCCAGCUGGUCCUCGGCUCCUGGCUGGGAGGAUUCCUCAUCAUCUUGUUCCCAAUCAUCCUCACCACUCAGCUGGAUUUCUGUGCAUCCAAUGUGCUCAAUCACCAUUUCUGUGACUAUGGGCCCCUCAUAGAGAUAUCCUGCUCAGACACAAGCCUCCUUGAACUCAUUGACUUCCUGCUAGCCAUUGUGACCUUAGUGGUCACCCUGGUGCUGGUCAUCAUCUCCUACACACACAUCAUCAGGACCAUUCUCAAGAUCCCAUCUACACAGCAAAGGAAAAAGGCCUUCUCCACAUGUUCUUCCCACAUGAUUGUCAUCUCCCUGUCUUACGGCAGCUGCAUCUUCAUGUACAUCAAACCUUCAGCAAAAGAAGGAGUCGCCUUCAAUAAAGGAGUGUCUGUGCUCAACACCUCCAUUGCCCCACUACUGAACCCAUUCAUUUACACCCUAAGGAACAAACAAGUAAAGCAAGCCUUCAAGGAUGUAGCCAAGAAAGUAGUGAAUCUUCAUUAG